AUGGCAUCUCUUUUCAAGCCUCCGGAAUCUUUCAGAAGGAAUUCUAAAUCUCCCAAACUUAAACUGCCGCCGGCUUUGAAAUACACUACAAAUGAUAUAGAGGCUCAGGCCUCGGGAAGUACACCCAAUAUUAUGACCCCAAUUUCGUCGACUUCUUCGAAAACGAUAACGAUACCCUAUAGCAACAAGUCAUCUUCGUCUUCGUCCUCGAUAACAACGUUGAAGAAAAGACCAGUACCUCCUCCGAUUCCACAACUUUGUGUCAAUGGUGAAAGUACGCCUGUGGAUUCAAAGACAGAUGUCGAAGCCGUGAGAAGUUCGAUCAGUAAUCUGUAUCUCGACAAAGCUCAUUUGAGCCAUAACAACGGCUCUGCAUCUUCUAUAGACUCAUAUCCGUCAGCUGUGGUCCAGAUCUAUGACAGUGCGAGCAGUGAGGUGGACUCACCUCGUAUGUCACCUCUACGCGAGUCCAAGACAAGGUCUGCUGAUAUUGAUGAACUUGAAGACGAAAGCUGGCAAAACAUAAAUUUAGAAGACCAGAUAUGCGAACUCGGAGUACUUGGCGAAGGCGCGGGCGGAUCGGUUUCGAAAUGCAGGUUAAAAAAUGGCAAAACAAUUUUCGCGCUAAAAACUAUAACGACACUGAACUCAGAGCCGGAUAUUCAAAAACAGAUUUUUAGAGAACUUCAGUUCAACAAAAGUUGUAAAUCUGACUACAUCGUACGGUACUACGGCAUGUUCGUUGACGAAAGUACCUCUUCCAUAUACAUUGCAAUGGAGUACAUGGGGGGACGCUCCCUGGAUGCGGUCUAUAAACAUCUCUUGAAACGUGGGGGCAGGAUAAGCGAAAAAGUACUGGGUAAAAUUGCAGAAUACGUUCUUCGUGGUUUGUCCUACUUACACGAGCGCAAAAUCAUUCAUCGCGACAUCAAACCUCAAAAUAUCCUGCUGAACAUGCGUGGGCAGGUGAAACUAUGUGAUUUUGGCGUGAGUGGUGAGGCUGUCAAUUCGCUGGCGACUACGUUCACCGGGACAUCCUAUUACAUGGCUCCAGAGAGGAUACAGGGGCAACCUUACAGUGUUACAAGUGACGUAUGGUCGUUAGGGUUGACGCUUCUAGAGGUUGCUCAAGGUCGAUUUCCAUUUGGUGGUGAUAAAAUCGUUUCUGAUAUGCCUCCCAUCGAGCUUUUAAUGCUCAUACUGACAUUUCAUCCGCAACUGAGGGACGAAGAAGACUCAACUAUCGUCUGGAGCAGCGCUUUCAAGUCGUUUAUCGAAUACUGUCUGAAAAAAGAGUCGCGGGAAAGACCAUCACCAAGACAGAUACUUCAACAUCCUUGGAUACUUGGUCAAAUGAAAAAAAAGGUUAACAUGGAAAAGUUUAUAGCACGUUGCUGGGAGCAGUGA